AUGACAUCAUUAAUUUUUGAAAAGUGGUUACUAGAUAUUGAUCAAAAAACGAGUCAAGAAAAUCGAAAAAUAAUUUUAUUUGUGGAUAAUUGUACUGCUCAUCCUCGUACCUUAUCUACAAAGUUAAAAUCUAUAACGAUUGCAUAUUUUCCCCCAAAUACAACAAGUAAGCUCCAACCAAUGAACCAAGGAAUAAUAAGUAAUCUUAAAGUGUAUUAUCGAAAACGUAUUUUGAACAAAGUUAUUUCAAAUCUUGAACAGAGAACAACAAUUACUCUGCGAGAUUGUAUUUCUGAGGUAUCGAAAGCUUGGAGAAGUGAUGUAACGUCCGAAACCAUAAAAAAAUGUUUUUUCAAAGCGGGAUUUACAAAUGAAAAUAUUGAAACCGAUAUUGAAAUACCAGAUGUACAACGAGAAUGGGAGUUAGUUCAUUGCGAUGGCGUUACUUUACAAGAUUAUUUGAAAAUUGAUGAAGAUAUCGCCGUAUAUGAAUCACCUACUGAAGAAAGUAUUGUAGAAGAGGUUAGAAAAAAAGAAAAUCCUGAUGAAUUUGAAUAA